AUGUUGAGGACGCACCUCCUGGCGCGCACACCCGCGAGCAAGGUCCCUGAUCAUGUCGUCCGGGCGAUCUCGUUGAGGAGUCGCUUUCGGCCCCGCAGGCCUGCGUUGCGCCCCAACGACAGGGAGACCCCACUCCGCGCGGCCAUGCGCGCCUUCCGAGCGACCGGCGUGGCCAUGGCCGCGGCGCCGCCUGUUCUCCGGGACAUCGUCCUGAUAGGGGGGGGGCACUCGCACCUGUUCGUUCUACGCAGCUUCGGAAUGAAGCCCGUGCCUGGAGUGCGCAUCACACUGGUUACGCGCGACGUCCACACGCCGUACUCCGGGAUGCUGCCGGGCUUCGUAGCGGGCUUCUACAGGCUCGACGACUGCCACGUGGAUCUCGCGAAGCUCGCGACGUUCGCGGGCGCACGUUUGGUCCACGCUGAGGCAGCUGGCCUGGACCCGAACAAACGGGUCGUGCUUUUCAAGGAUCGUCCGCCGCUGCGGUACGACGUGCUGUCGAUCGACAUCGGGAUCACGCCGGCGAGCAACGCGGUCCCGGGAGCUGCGUUGCGCGCCACCCCUGUCAAGCCUAUAGAUCGCUUCGUCGGCCGCAUCGAAGCCCUGCUGCGCCGCGCGCGGGAAGGCACCUCACCACUGCGCAUCGUGGUGGUCGGUGGCGGCGCGGCGGGGGCGGAGAUCGCGUGCGCGUUGGAUCACAGGCUCAAGUGGGAACGGUCGAAAGGCACCAUGAGCGAACGCGGACACAGCAUCUGCAUCGUGGCGCGCUCGCAGCUGCUGGGAUCGCACGCGCCGUACGCGCGCAGGGCGAUGCUCGCGGCGAUGGCGGAGAGGGGCAUCGAGGUGCGCGAGGGCGCUGCGGCGACGGAGGUGGUCGACGGCGAGGUCGUGCUAUCCAGCGGCGCGCGCGUGCCGUACGACGAGCUGCUGUGGUGCACGCAGGCCGCGCUGGCGCCGUGGGCGGCGCGCACGGGGCUGGCGCUCGACGAGGGCGGGUUCCUGUCGGUGGACACGUGUUUGCAGUCGGUCAGUCACCCGGGGGUGUUUGCAGCGGGGGACUGCGCUGGCGUGCUCGAGCACCCCCGCCCGAAAGCCGGCGUCUUCGCGGUGCGGCAGGGCCCGCCUCUUGCCGAGAACCUCCGCCGAGUCGUCCUCGGGGAACCGCUGAAGCCGUUCAUUCCGCAGUCGAGUUUUCUCAGUCUCGUGACAACAGGGGGGCAGCACUGCAUCGGAACGAAGGCCGGCUUCGGGCUGCAGGGCGCCUGGCUUUGGAACUGGAAGGACAGCAUCGACCGCGCCUUCAUGCGCAAGUUCAGCACCGAUCUGCCGAAGAUGACGGGAAUGGCGGCACCCGCCGACGCCGACGCAGCGCUCGAGCGCCUGACGGCCUCGCAGACGGACGCUGCGACGCUCGGCGCGUCGCAGAUGCGCUGCGCGGGCUGCGGGUCGAAGCUCGGGCCGGACUUGCUUUCCCGGUCCCUCGCGCGGGUCGACAAGUGGAUGGUGGCGCAGGGGCACCAGGUGGUCUCGGGAAUCGGGGACGACGCCGCGGUGGCGCGUGCGCCGGAGGGCGCGGUGAUGAUUCAGAGCGUGGACUUCUUCCGCGCGUGCGUCGGCGACCCGUUCGUGCUCGGGCGGAUCGCGGCGGUGCACGCGCUGUCGGACCUGCACGCAAUGGGCGCGCGGGGCCGCACGGCGCUCGCGAUCGCGACGGUGCCGUACGCGCGCGAGGAUAAGAUGGAGGAGGACAUGGUGCAGCUGCUGUCGGGCGUGUGCAGCGUCCUGGCGGAGGAGGGGUGUGUGCUGGCAGGGGGGCAUUCCGCGGAGGCGGCCGAGAUGCAGGUCGGGCUGACGGUGACCGGGUGGGGCCAGGAAGAUAAGUUGAUGCGCAAGGGAGGCAUGCGGGCACACGACGCGCUGAUUCUGACGAAGCCGCUCGGGUCGGGAACAAUCUUCGCCGCGGACAUGCGCGGUGGCGGGCGCGGGCGCUACGUCGCCGAUGUCGUCCAGAACGCCUCGAGGUCCAACCUGGCGGCGUCGCAGGCGCUGCUCGCGGCGGGCGCGACGGCGUGCACCGAUUGCACGGGCUUCGGGCUCCUCGGCCACAUCAAGGAGAUGGUCGAGGCCAGCGGCGACGACGUUGGCGUCGAGCUUUGGCCAAAUUGCAUCCCUAUCCUGGAGGGAGCUGAGGAUACGCUGUCGCAGGGGUACCGCAGCACGCUCGCGGCGGCAAACGAGGCGGCUCAAGUGUGUCUGGACGACCCCGCAGCGUUCCGGGCAGGCUUCGAGAUGUGGCCCAUCGUAUUUGACCCGCAGACGGCCGGAGGGCUCAUAGCCACGGUGCCAUCGGAGGAGGCGCAGACCUGUCUGCAGCAGCUCCGUGCAGCGGGCUACGACUGCGCCAUGCAAAUCGGUCGCGUCGUAGCCCGCGACCAGGCCGGAGCAGGCAGGGUCUCGGUGAAUUUGGACCGCGAUCCCUGA